CUUCGUUGUUCCGAAAUGGCGACAAUGCAAACGGAAAAGGCGUUUCGCCUAAACUUGAACGCCGCAUCCGGGUCGUUAGCAGCUCUCUUGCUGGCAACGUCCACCGUCCUUGUUAGCAUUCUUGCUGCCAGGUUCCCGUCUCGCACUGAAUACUAUGCGCAGCAAAUGACGUGCCAGCUUUAUUACAAUCAAGGAGCUCCUAAUGAGAUCGAGUGCCUCAGCCGCUGGUGUGCGAAUGCUGCAAACUGGCCAUUUGCUCGCUGCAAUGUUACUCAAGGGCUAAAUGAUGAAGGCUAUGACCCAUAUUACAACCGCGCGUACCUUUCUGAAAACUUUCCUUUCGACAAGAGCAGCAUGUCCCUCUCCUGGGCUACAAUGGCUUUAAUUUCUGUAACACUUGUGCUAGAGGUCAUAAGCCAAUUGCUCGACAUGAUCAAGCCGAAGAAGAAAGCUGUGUCUUACUCAAAACGAUAUCGCGUGUUCUUGCGUGGCUGCUGUGCGACGUCAUGGAUAAGUAGUGGAGUUGCAGACGCCUUGCUCAUCUACGGAUCUUCAAAGACAUCAGGAGCCUGGGGAUUGUACAACACAACUGCAGGAUUGUGGAUUGCCGCAGCUGUAAUCAGCGGUAUUUCAUUUCUGUCGUCUUCCUUAUUCCACUAUCUGACACAUCGACACCUGUGUUACGUUAAGACUACUCCAAUAUCAGGAAACCUGGAAGAUCGGCGGGGAGAACUGUCCUUGCAGAAUGCAAAUCAGCCGAUAAACCAGCUUGAGGUGUCCUCAACGGGCCAGGCGGCAACGGGCGUCCCUGGCUCAAUUUCAGACGCUCGCAUACCAACCGGCUUAACACCAAUCGCAGAUGCAGCAACAAGGCACAGAGUAUCGUCAGAACCGUCGCAGCAGAAAAUGAAAUCUAAUGGAACCGAAUUCGAUCUGAAGGAGCUUCAAAGGGCAACAGACAAUUUCUCUCCUAAAAACCUUCUUGGUCGGGGCGGCUUUGGCGAAGUCUACAGGGGUGUGUUGGCAGGUGGUCAGAUUGUUGCUGUCAAGAGAAUUCACAGCCAUAAACUGCUGCAUGGAAGAGACGAGUUCAAGUCAGAGGUCGAGAUUCUCAGCAGAGUCCAUCACCGAAAUCUCGUGAGGAUUCUAGGGUACCACAUUGGGGAGACAGAAGAACUCCUUGUGUUUGAGUUUAUGGCCAAUGGAUCGCUUGACCACCACCUGCAUGGCAAAACAUGGACGACUAUUAGCUGGAAGAGGAGGUUUCAGAUGGCAAUUGACGCAGCUAAAGGUUUGGCAUAUCUUCACCAUGACUGCUACCCAAAAGUGGUGCACCGUGAUAUCAAGGCCUCAAACAUUCUCCUUGACGCAAGCAUGAACGCUCAGGUUGGUGACUUUGGCUUGGCACGCUUGUUGCAAGAUGAGUCUGAACAUGUGACCACGAGAGUCAUGGGCACCAUAGGAUACUUGGCUCCUGAUUAUGCAUUCUCAGGGCAGUUGACUGAAAAGAGUGAUGUCUACAGUUUUGGUGUUUUACUGCUGGAGCUCCUUACAGGGAGACAUCCUGUUGAUGUCACGGCUUCAACGUUUCAAGGCCAAAGUCUGGUAGAAUGGGCAUGGCAACAGACAAGCGGACCCGAUACUAUAAAAGACAUUCUGGAUCCACGGCUGGAUAACAUAUACAACGCCAAUGAGGCUUUGUGCAUAUGGCGGGUUGCACUGGACUGCGUUAAUUACUUAGCAAAGAAACGACCAACUAUGGACAAGGUCGUCAAGCUACUCCAAGAUGCCAAAAGUGAUGAACUUGUUCCACGUUCAACACAUGGAGCGGAUUCUUCACCAGUAAUGUCCGGGGGGGCUGGUGAAAUUGCCAUCAGCAACAGCCCGCAAGCAUCACGUUCUGGGCCGUUGAGUGCUGAAGCUGAUUCGACAUUUUCGUCCGCAUUUCAAAAUAUUGUCGAAAGCCCUUGCACAGGGAAUGCUUCCUCGAGCGUGAGUAUGAAUGAUGAGGCUGAAGUUCCUGGUGAGGUUCAGUGGAGCCACCGGCUGGACAUGCUGAAGCAAGCGAAUGCUGCUAGCAUUCCUACCACUGAGUGGCCUCAUGCAGAGAUGCCAAGUGGCAUUGUCUCUGAGGCUGAAAGCGUUGAAUGGAGCACUCGAUUGGAACAGCUGCGGAAAGAGGCUCAUUAGUGGAGAGGAGGUUUUUUCUUGGAGCCAUUGGCAUGAGAAUUAUUGCGAAUUAUGGUACUGUACUGUUCCUGUCACCUGGUGACGAAUUGCCUGUGAUCAAGAAGUUCAUGUUUGGUACGUGCUAAUCACGUUGAAGCAUGUUCCAGUUUUACGUGGGGAGGGGACUGCUCCAAUUCCUUUAGAGUGCUUCUG